AUGUUUUUGGGAAAGGAAGGCAAAACGGACCCUGUGGGCAAAAAGGUCCACCUUGAUUACAAUGAAACAUGUAACGCCAUCUAUCUGAUUGUUACGUCAAAUUAUUGGAAGUCAUGUCAUGUUGCCGCUUUCGGUCAGUGUACUCAGAUCCACCGGCCGCACGUACACCGAUUUAGCAAGGUAUCCCCUGACAAUGUUAAAGGCGUUGUUGCUCGCGAUGACACUGCACAGACUGUCGGCGAUGGUCGGGUGCUGCUGGAUCAUGACUGGCUUUUUCUCUUGGAGAGCUUUAGUCAUAGUGGGGGCAGCUGA